AUGGUGGAAAUUACGGAUAUCGUGUGCCUUCUCGUCCCGCUGGUGAUGCUCACGGGGUCCACCUUCCAGGCCGACGUGAAGAGCGUCAAAGAGGCGGAAAAAACGGGGAAUUUCAUGGAAGACGAGCAGUGGCUGUCCACCAUUUCACAGUACAGCCGCAAGAUCAAGCACUGGAAUCGCUUCAGAGACGAGGUAGAGGAUGAUUAUGUGCGUACCUGGGAUGAAAAUCAAGGUUCUAAUGACAAUGUAGACACCACCAAGGACCCCUGUCAAAAGGUUAAGUGCAGCCGGCACAAGGUGUGUAUUGCCCAGGGCUACCAGAGAGCUGUGUGCGUCAACCGCAAGAAACUCGAACACAGACUGAAGCAGCCUGCUCUCAGGUCUCCUGAUGGAAACUGUCAGCCCUGUCCCAUCUCCUCCACUGGGCCUGUGUGUGGAUCAGACGGACACAACUACGCCUCAAAGUGCAAGCUGGAGCAGCAGGCAUGUCUUACAGGAAAGGAGCUUACCCUGAAGUGCUCAGGCCUGUGUCCUUGUCCAACUGCUGCCCCUACACCCAAGGAGAGUAAACAUGAGAGCUGUACCGGACAGGAUCUGGCUGAUCUCGGGGAGCGUCUGAGGGACUGGUUCCAGCUUCUGCAGAGCAAUGCCAAGCAGAACAACAACAGCAAGCCCGGGGCCAGAGCCACUGCAGCCAGCACCACAUCAGUGCUGGACAGGAGCCUGGUGGCCAGCUGUAAGGACUCCAUAGGCUGGAUGUUUUCCAAGCUGGACACCAACAGCGACCUGUACCUGGACCAGGCUGAGCUGGCUGCCAUAAACCUGGACAAGUACGAAGUCUGCAUUCGGCCCUUCUUCAACUCCUGUGACUCCUACAGGGACGGCAAGGUCUCCACUGCCGAAUGGUGUCUGUGCUUCUGGAGAGAGAAGCCACCAUGCCUGGCUGAACUCGAGAGGAUCCAAGUACUAGACGGCGGCAAGCGAAAAUUUGGUCGAUUCAUCCCCAGCUGCGAUGAAGACGGCUAUUACAGGAAGCAGCAGUGUGACAGGGGAGAGUGCUGGUGUGUUGACCAAAACGGAGGAGAGGUAGCCGGAUCUAGGAUUCGUGGCAAGCCAGACUGCGAUGAUGAAAUGACGUACUCAGGUGAUUUUGGCAGCGGGGUUGGAUGGGAAGACGAGGAAGAGAAAGAAGCCGAGGAGACUGCAGAAGAGGCUGAAGAGGAAGAGGGAGAGGUGGGAGAGGUGGAUGAUGGGGGAUAUAUCUGGUAAAGGGCCAGCAUGUAGUCUAACCUCUCUACAGGAGCAUCUUGAUGGUUCCAAACCAAACACACUCACACACACACACACACACACACACACACACACACACACACACACACACACACACACACACACACACACACACACACACACACACACACACACACACACAGAUCCUGCAAAGAGAUGGACAUGGUGAAGCUCUCACACUCAGAACAACACUGGCAUAUGAAAAAGUGAGGGAGAGGGUUGCACGGGUCAGGAGAGGGAAGGUGCAUAGGUUAUGGGUGUGUUAAAUGUUACAGGAUGUUCUUAGAAUGGACAUGGGCCAUGGACAUGGGUAACGGGAGGGGGAAAAAUCACUAUUAAGAAAUUAUGGGUCUGGAGUCAAGAAUUUUGUCCCUCAUACUUGUGAAUCUUUGUUCUCUUCUGUUGUAUGUCCUUUGAACUAUCUUUGAGCAGUUUUUAGCUGAUGCAUAAUGGAGACUUUAAGCAGCUGCAGGUGCUUGCCAUUUGCUUGCAUUAAAAAAAAAAAAAAAAAACGGAGAAAGAUCGGGUGCAUUUCAGUAGUCUAAAUUGGCCUCUUAUCUCCUUUCUUUUUGCAGAAUAACACAGUUCAGAUAACCAGUUUUGGUUUUAGGCAGGAAACAGGCGAUAAAGAGAGGAAGCAGCAUCAGAAUACCGAAAAGCACCCUUUGACUUUACUGUUUACAUGUCAUACGCUUUGGCUCAUAUGUGACAGUAGUGCUCUGUCUCAUUCAUGACUUAAAAAAAAAAAAAAAAAGUUAGUUUCUCACGCAUCACUCUUUAGCUUGUAUAUAAUGUGUGUAUCAGAAGACAGAUUGUCACCUAUUAGUCCCGUUAUCAAUGCCUUGAAAGACUGGCAGAAUAUACUGCUUAGUUGACAAGUGUACAUCGUAUCAUAAUGUGAAUCAAUUAUUGUGUUUAAUAAAAAAAAUUAAAUUGAAUAAACUGGUCUAUGUGGCCCAGCUGG